AUGGAAGGAGGGAAUCACUCUGUGGUGUCAGAGUUUGUGUUCCUGGGACUCACCAAUUCCUGGGAGAUUCAACUUCUCCUCUUUAUUUUUUCCUUCAUGUUGUAUGUAGCAAGCAUGAUGGGAAAUUCCCUCAUCAUGCUCACUGUGAUUUCUGACCCUCAUUUGCACUCUCCCAUGUAUUUUCUGUUGGCCAACCUUUCCUUCAUUGACCUGGGUGUUUCUUCUGUCACUUCUCCCAAGAUGAUUUAUGAUCUCUUCAAAAAGCGCAAAGUCAUCUCCUUUAGUGGCUGCAUCACUCAAAUCUUCUUCAUCCACGUAAUUGGUGGUGUGGAGAUGGUGCUGCUCAUAGCCAUGGCCUUUGAUAGAUAUGUGGCCAUAUGUAAGCCUCUCCACUAUCUGACCAUUAUGAGUCCAAGAAUGUGCAUAUUCCUUUUAGUGGCUGCAUGGAUGAUUGGAUUUACACACUCUGUGAUUCAAUUGGCUUUUGUAAUUAAUUUACCUUUCUGUGGCCCUAAUGUAUUGGACAGCUUUUACUGUGAUCUUCCUCGGUUCAUAAAACUUGCCUGCAUAGACACGUACAAACUGGAGUUCAUGGUCACAGCCAACAGUGGAUUCAUCUCUGUGGGCUCAUUCUUUGUACUGAUCAUUUCCUAUAUUGUCAUAAUUCUCACCGUCCAGAAGCACUCGUCAGCUGGUUCUUCCAAGGCUCUGUCCACACUUUCAGCUCACAUCACUGUGGUCUUCUUGUUCUUUGGUCCACUGAUAUUCUUCUACACAUGGCCAUCUCCAUCCACACACCUGGACAAGUUUCUGGCAAUCUUUGAUGCAGUUCUUACUCCUUUUCUGAAUCCGGUCAUCUAUACGUUCAGGAAUCAAGAAAUGAAGGUGGCAAUGAGAAGAGUAUGUAGACAGCUAGGGAGUUACAGAAAGAUCUCAUAG